CCUAAUCUUCCAUCAGGAUGCAAACCAGCCAAACCCUGCGACCUCUCUGCCGAGCGCAGCCUGGAUGGACCCUGACUCGAAGCGUCCCCCACAUGUCAUGAGUAUGCGAUCCUGCCACCUAGUCCUUAUUCUGGUCAAGCUUUGCUGGCAACAUGGCGGAAAGUCAAAAUGUUAUAUUCGUGAACUAUAACCAGCCUAAUCCCCGACCAACGCAAACACAGCGCCGCAUAGUCUCGGCGUUUAUUGGCAGGCAUUUUCGGAAUCGUUCUGCGCCUGCACGGCGAACACAACUGUCUGUCCAAUACGAUGAGACGUCAUCGCCGAUUUUAGCAAAGCCUUCCUCAGGGCAAAGUACUCAACGGGUGGUCAUAGCCAUCAAAGGGCGAUCCAAAUGGGAAUCACGGAGAGAAGGUGGCAACAGACUACCUCGCCUUGAAGGAGAGACAGACCCGGUAUCGCAAGUCUACGGCACUUCAGAGUCAUGUGUCGAUAAUGAUGAUGGUACUCAGUUAGUCCGGCCAGUAGUAGAAUGCUACGUCCCAGCCUACCCACCUGAACACCGGCAGAAAGUUGUUAAAAUCCUUGAUUUCGUUAUCCACUGGCUCAUCGAGCGCGUAACAAAUUGGGGACAGGGUCCAACCCCCUCCAUGCGCUCCUGGGUGCAGGUCAUCUGCAGCGAAACAACCCUCUUCGACGCGGUGGCCGCCUUUUCACACGGUAUAAGGGCCACAACGCUCGAAAAUAAAGAAACGCCUACCCCUGCUAUAUUAUGGCACAAAGCCAGAGCACUAAAGGGGUUGCAAGCCAAGAUAUCCACAGAGGCGCCGGACAAAUUAGCUAUAUGGACCUCGAAUGAAACCAUCUUGACGACAUUUUAUCUUAUGGAGGGGGCGGCGAGGUUUGGGUAUGAGCCGGAGUUCAGGGCUCAUUGUCUGGGUCUUUUGCAGAUGGUGCAUUUGAGAGCCAAAGCGCAAACUCAGGCUCAAUGUGCAAGUACUAGUCUGGAUGCGGAUCCAACUACUGCAUCCUUGGAAGACCUACAUGUCAUGCAAGCGGUCGGAUUGGUAGAAGGGACCGAAAUGGCAUCAAAGCUUAGACAUGAAAGUGUUUUAUACGGGAACCAGUUCUCCGUCCACUCACAAACCAUUAUCUCCCCAAGCGUCGGCAAGUGGGCAUUGGAGAUGCGAUACCUCCUACCCGGCAAACAGACCAAUACAGACAUCGAAACCUUAAUAGACAACUUGCCUCUCGGCUUCCGCGACCUAGCAGAAACAGGAAACAUGAGCGUCGAAGUUCUCCUCCUUCUAAAAGAACAGCUCCGCCUCCAACACUACCAUGACAUGGCAGAAGUUGCGGAACGACAGAUUGAGUGGAUAAAACACGCUCGCGCUUUAGCAAAUCAGUCCAAUAACCCUGUGGAGGAGCUAGCUUGCCUAGGCAUUGUCGCAUUUUUAUCGUGGGGCACGGCCCAACUGAAAUUUUUCCCCGAAGCAUCGCUUUUAAAUAGGGUGAAGAGUCUGGGCAGGCAAACACAGUUGUUCGAUAAUGCCGGGUUGUUUAUUUGUUGCCACAAACUACGGGCUUGGGUUGUUCUUGCAACGGCUGAGAAUGCGAUUACGGGCGGUGCGACAUUGAAGAAGCAUGCUAAUGACUUGAUGAGGGAGUUUGUGUUCAGGGAGCCUUCGAUUGACAAUGAUUGGGGUAAUAUCGAAGACCUGGUUAGACGGUUUUUAUGGAACCGGAAGACCUUAGCUGCAUGGAAAAGAUGCGGACGCAGGCAAUUUUAUGUAACGCGAACUGUUGUUACAUGCAUAUUUACACGCUUAAAAUACCAAUACGACACCAGCCCCCGAACGCCAUCAAUCAUCCUUAAAUUACCUCCCUUUAGAUUUCUUACGAACGCAGCUACUCAAAAUCUCGAUUGUUCUAACCGAACAACUCCGCGAUCGGCUCCAUUGCGAUAGCCUGAAGAAAGGUGUGAUGAAUAUUACAACAGUGAACGCCUGAAGAAG